AUGGCUCCCGUAUACUCUGAUUUGAAGGUGCAUUUGCGCCCAGACCGAUCAAUCACGCAAUUCAUGCUAGAAAACGUGUGCAAUACUGAUCCGGAGAAGGUCAUCUGCGAGGACACAUUGACUGAAAAACAAACAACUUAUGGAGGUAUCCGAGGAGAAGCUUUUAGAGUCGCCAAUGAACUGCGGAACAGUUACGGUCUCGAGCAAAAUGAUAUCGUGUCGAUUAUUUCGAGAAGUUGUGUAGAUUACAUCCUUGCUACUCACGCGAUAUGGGCAGCCGGUGGCAUUGUUAGCACCAUCAAUCACUCCAACACUGCUGAAGAACUGGCUUUUGCAAUCAAAGUUGUCAAGCCAAAGUUAUUCAUUGUGGAUUUUGUAGCAAAAAAAAAGCUGGACGAAGCCAUUCGGCUGAGCGGGAAAAAAUACGAGAGUUCCAAAAUCAUCACCCUUCUCCGGAGGACACAAGGUGAUCCGCUGUUUCCCGACGACUUUUUGCGACAAACAACUCGAAUAUCCCCAAACGCGUAUGUACUGGAUGGACAGGAUGCUCGCAAAAGAUGUGCGGCAAUUGUACUUUCCAGUGGCACGUCAGGCUUGCCAAAAGCAGUUAUGCUCUCUCAUCACAAUUUGAUUGCGAUCUGUGAAAUGCUCCGGUAUCAUAAUAUGGAUAAUUGGAGAGGAGAUAUGAGAGAGGUCUUCUUUCCUGUGAGUGGUACCCCUUUGAAGCUUAGCAAAGGAAACAUCGUCGACGUACCUGCUGACCUGCGUUCUAGCCUUUAUCACAUAUUUACGGACUUUAUAUCAUACAUUUUACCACAAGUCUCCAAGCUCACAAUCUCUAUUGGAUUGGAGCUAUUACAAGACAAACGAGCAACUCUAGCAAGACUGGUGCCGACAGUCGCAUUAGCGUUGUCCGAGUCUCCAAUCGUCACCAAGUACAAAUACCCGGAUCUGGAGUAUUUCUCUUGUGCUGGAGCUGUUCUAAAGCCAAAUGUCGCUGCGAAAUUACGAGAGAAAUUUCCUAGGGUCGCUCUAUGCCAAACUUAUGGAUGUACCGAAACAUCCUCAUGCAUCUCACAGAGUGGCGUUCGAGACGAGGGCGCUCCACUCGUGGCUACGGGCACGCUGCUAGCAAACAUCGGCAUUCGCUUCUUAGAUGACCAGCUUCAAGACGUUCCCAUCGGACAACCUGGAGAAAUCUGCGUCUCAACUCCGACAAUCAUGAUGGGAUACAAAGACAACGAAGCCGCAACUCGCGAGAGUAUGUUGGCACCUGGAUGGUAUCGGACUGGUGAUGUCGGGUAUCUGGAUCAGAAUGGAUAUCUCAUCAUCGUCGACAGAAUCAAAGAUGUGAUCAAAUACAAAGGAUUCCAAGUCUCCCCAAGCGAACUCGAAGAAAUCAUCGGCCAACAUCCCCUCGUCCAGGACGUAGGUGUGACCUCGACCUGGGACGACUCUGAAGCCACCGAACUUCCACGCGCCUUUGUCGUUCCCACAACCAACGUCCGUCUUGACGAUCACGCACGCCUCGCUAAUGAGAUCCAGAAUCUCGUAGCGGGCAAGGCGGCCGGGUACAAGAAGCUGCGCGGUGGUGUGAAAUUGGUGAACAGCCUUCCGAGGAAUCCGACAGGGAAGUUACUCAGAAGGCAAUUGGGAAGUCUGGAUGACCGCGGGAAGUUGAGAGCAAAGAUCUAG